CGAAUCAGGUCUAUUCCGGUCAGCUUUUUUCGGAUCCGCUUUUAUUCAGAUCGGUUCCUUUCAGUUUCGGUUCUUUUGGGUAAAAGAAAUUUAGAUCCAAAAGUACUUGUAAAUUUUCGGUUCGAUUUUGAGUUGGAUAUUUUUGCAUUGGUUCUGGUUCGGGUUUUCUGGUUCAGGUUAAAAUGGCCAGCCCUAGUAACCGAUGUAACAUGCUGCUGUGAUUGAAUAAGAAUUCAUGGAAUUUGUCAGAAGUGUCUUAGCGGCUUAUGCAUCUAGCAUUGGGUUCGAGGUUCAAUCCGUCCCGCAUGACCUGCCAAUCCGCGUGUCGACUCUAUUUUUUUACUCAAAAUUGCAACCCGCAUAACCCGCGAAAGAAAAUCAUAUAUCUGAACCCGCCCGCUGAGAUUUACUGGUAGCCAGCGGAACCCGUGGAUAAUAUUAAAUUUAAUAAAUAAUUAUUUUAUUAUAUAUUAAUUAUUUUUAUAAUAAAUAUAAUAUAAAAUAUAUAUUUAUAAUUUAAAUUAUAUAAUUUUUAUAUAUUUUAUAUUUAAAAAAAAAUUAAAAAAAUAUUUUUUCAUUUUACGAGUUGGCGGUACCCACUGCUCAAAUUUGGCAGACCCACUGAACCCCGCUUAAAAUCUACUCAACCCGCACCUGCGUGUUGAAACUUCUGAAUCGGUCGACCCAUACCCGGGGUGGAAACCGUGGAUAAUGAUCCAAAUUCCCACAUCUAUGUGUAUCCCACUGCAACUCUCGAUAUAUGAACAAUGGAGUACAAAGGGGUCUUUCCAUUCCACAACAAAUGUUUGGAAAGAUUAUGAAUUCAUUAAGAGUUCAAGAACUCACAAUAGUUUGGUGCAACCGCUGUCGAUGCUGCUGCGAGUUUUAAAAAAUGGCAUCAUGCCCUUUUGCUUCUUCACUUUUUGUCUCUAAUCCAUUCUGGUAGCUCCUAAUUCACCAAGUAGCCACUUAAAUACCUUAUAAUAAAUGUAGUCUUAGGUAACCUAAACAAUAUCUAAAUGAUCAAAAUGCAAAAAAAUCAUCAAUAUAUUAUUUAUUCUUUCCUAUAUAUAGAAAAUUUUGUUACUUCUACUCAGGGUCGGUUCUGGGCUAAAGCCCAUAAAGCAAUGGCUUUAGGAGCCAGAGAAUAUUAUAUUUUAGGGACACCAAAUUUUCAUAAGUUAACUUUAGUCUAGUGUCUUCUGCAAUGCUCUUCCUGUCUUGAGCAAACAGGUUCGAAACCUAGCGUAAUUUUCCUUCGUAACUUGAUUAUGUUACAUGUCCCUUUUUUCUUAUGUUCUAACAUCCGUAGACAUUAUUAAAAGACAAUUCUUUUUUCUGUUAACAAUAAAUGUUACAACAAAUACCUUAAAUUAUAAAUUGUGCAUAUUAUAUACGUUCCAUACUUCCAUUGUUUCAUUGUGAUUGGUUUUAAAAUUUUUAAUAGGAAUAGCUGCAUCUCCUUUAAAACACUUUUUAUUAUUCCUUCUUUUUUUUGUAAGUUUUUGUAAAUUUGUAGAAACUUUUGAAAUGCAGACAAACAUAAAAUUUAUUAUAGGGUUCUGAUAUAUAAGACUAUCAAAACUCAAUAAAAAUUCACAAACUAAAAUUGAAUUUAAAGUGAUUUUUAUCAAGUUUUGUUUUAUUUUAUAAAAUAUAUUUUUCCCUUUUUUAAUUUGCACAAAUAAUAAAACUUAGAUAAAAACUAGCCAAGUGAAACUGCAAAUAUAUAUAUAUAUAUAUAAAGAUGAGCUGCAAAUAAAGUUUUUAUUAUAUAAACGGCUAUAAGUUGUAGUAAUAUUUAGUAUUAUUUUGAUUAUAUACUUAAUAUAUAUUAAAGAAAAAAUUAUGGUUAAGGGACAAAAAAAUUUCUCCUCGCUUUAAGCGUUCCACGAGUCCGGACCGGCACUGCCUCUACUUAGUGCUUACCCUUCUUCACCGAAUUAAUGACUAUAUACGUUUACAUGCCAUCAUAACUGUGCUGAAAUAAAUCAAAAUCAAAAGAAUUGCAUAUUGUUCCCCUCAAAAAGACCAUCAUAAAUUGGCUUUGUUUUUUUUACCUGAAAACUUAGCCUUAUGUCUUGGAAGAAGAUAGAAGUGAACAAAGAGAAAGUCGACCAAGGUAAAGCAAAAACUUUUCUAAUAACAAGUGCUUUUAUCCAGUGUAGCAUUGGCAAUUGGCUAUGGAUUACUGAAAAGUACUGUUUCGUUUCAAAUUUCAAUUAGCACAGGGUCUGCUAUUCAAACAGAGCGUCUUGGAAAUUGGCUUACAACUUUAAUUAGAGUCAAAAUGUCAAAGUCAAAAAUAAAACGUAUCAAAAGCAAUUGUAUAUGUUCUCGUUAGUUUUAAACAAUUCGUAGACUUGAAAUUGGCUUCACCGACCCCCUCCAAAACCAACUAAACUCGCCAUUGGACUAUGAAGUAAGGAUACCACGCGCUCCGAUCCACUGCCUCCUGCAUAUGAAUAAACAGUAAAAUGUGAUUGUGUUUUAAAUUAUAAACAUUUAUAAACUUAGAGCCGCUGGGGACAUAUGAAUAAACAGUCGCUUCAAUCUUGUAAAAUGUGAUUGUGUUUUAUAGUCUAAAAUGAGCAACACUGCAUAUUCAUUUUGCGUAUAGUUUGCUGAGAGUCGAUCAAGUUACGACCUACCAAGCCCAUCCACAUAUAUAACCAUUCCAUUUUCCAAUAAAAGUGGAAACUCAUUACCAAUAAGCUAAUUUGUAGACAAGCCGUUAAAACAGUGUCAUUCUUUAAUUUAUGUCUCUAUAUCCAAUUUAUUGUCCUCAACUGUAAUAUGUACCUCUUUUCUUCUUCUAUAUAAUCCAUUCCAAGCCAUGCAUCUAAGCAAUCAAAUUAGACCCGUAACAGCUUCAAUAUCUUUUCAAAAUUCUAAACACAAUCGGCCGUGAGAAAAACAAAAAUGGCCAUGAGUUUCUCAUCACUCACCAAUCUCGUGCUUUUAUGUGCAGCUACGUUGCUUCUGGUCCACGCAGGUGCUCGCAACUUGCAGCAAACUCAGACUCUACCUGUUCAUGGAGCUGCUUCUCCUACCAAAGCUGAGUCUCCUACCUUCAAUGCCCCUCUCGAUGACCGUAAGAAUUUCAUAGUGGGCGGUGCUGCAGGAGUUGGGGGGUUCAUGGGGAUGCCUGGUGGAACUGGUAUGACGUUGCCGCUUCCAUCCGGGACACCGCUUCUUGGUGGCUCCGGCGCGUUUGGUGGUUUGGGCGGUGCAAUGGAUUUUCCUGGUGUUGGAGCUAAUGGGGGAGGUUCAGUUCCGAGUUCAGGAGGUGGUCUAGUGUCUCCAUGAGAGAGUGAGAGAGAAAUUAAGAUGGUUGGUUUCUAGCAUUAAGAUGUGUUUAGUUUCUUUUGUACGUGAUCUGAGUUUUGAUCAUAUUUUGUUCUUGUUGCGUCUUUGUUGUCUUUGGCUGAAUUUCCUCAUCAUUUGUUUGUUGUUGUUGUCGUUAUGCUUGUGUGUUUUCUCUAGUAACUUUCGUUUUUA